CCAGAGUACUGUGUUUGAGGAGCCCUGAGAACGAGAGUAGCUUUCGUGGUGUUUCAUCAUGGCAGCAGAAGGCGUGGAUGCGACCAUUCUCCAGCUACUACAGGACAAUGAUGGGCUGGAUACCAAGGAUAUCGCCCGGCAACUGGGCAAAGACCACCAGCUGAUCGUUGGCGCUGUCAAGAGUCUCCAGUCUCUGGGUGAUGUCAUCACGGCGGAACAGCGCGUGUCGAAGUGGUGGGAGCUGACAGGAGAGGGACGGCAGGUGGCAGAAAAUGGGAGCCACGAGGCAGUGCUGUACCGGGCCAUUCCACCAGAGGGCGUCCUUCAAAAACAGCUGAUGGAGAGCAUUCCCAACGCCAAGGUCGGCUUCAGUAAUGCCAUGAAGAAGAAAUGGAUCCAGAUGGACAAGACAGGAGCAAACGGACCUGUGCUUAAACAAGCGGUUAGUGCUAUUGAAGACGAUGUGCAGAAAACUGUUCAAGACAUAGCAGCCAACCAAGGGGAAGGUGUCGACAACAAGGUCAAGCAAGAGAUGAAGAAACGCAAACUCAUCCAAGAAGUAACCAUGAACAGUUUUGUUCUGAAGAAGGGCAGUGGUUUCAGCACAUCAGUUACCAAGUUGGACACCGACCUUACACCAGAGAUGAUUAAUAGUGGUCUGUGGAAGGAGAAGAAGUUCAAGCCGUACAACUUUGACGCGCUGGGCGUGCCUCCGACCAGCGGCCAUCUCCACCCCCUGCUGAAAGUCCGGGCACAGUUCCGACAGAUCUUCCUAGAAAUGGGAUUUACAGAAAUGAAGACCAAUAACUACAUCGAGAGUUCAUUCUGGAACUUUGAUACUCUAUUUGUACCACAGCAACAUCCAGCUAGAGAUGAACAUGAUACCUUCUUCAUCAAAGACCCCAUGUAUGCUCAGGGAUUCCCAGAAGAGUACAUGGAAAAGGUGAAGACAGUUCACUCAAAAGGAGGAUUUGGAUCUCAAGGGUACCAAUACGAGUGGAAACGUGAGGAGGCACAGAAAAAUGUCCUGCGGACGCACACGACGGCCGUCAGCGCUCGUAUGCUCUACCAGCUCGCCCAGCAACAGAAGGACGGGUUCAAACCUGUGAAACUGUUCUCCAUCGAUCGCGUGUUCCGUAACGAGACCCUGGACGCCACCCACCUGGCAGAGUUUAACCAGAUCGAGGGGGUCGUGGCAGAUUACAACCUCACCUUGGGCGACCUGAUGGGAGUGCUACAUGCCUUCUUUAAGAAAUUAGGAAUUGAGAAGCUGCGUUUCAAGCCUGCCUACAAUCCCUACACAGAACCCAGCAUGGAGGUGUUCAGCUAUCAUGAAGGUCUGCAGAAGUGGGUGGAGAUCGGCAACUCCGGAGUGUUCCGACCUGAGAUGCUGCUGCCCAUGGGGUUACCUGAGGACAUCUCUGUUAUCGCCUGGGGGUUGUCUCUGGAGAGACCCACUAUGAUCAAGUACGGCAUUGAUAACAUCCGGGAGUUAGUUGGGCACAAGAUCAACCUACAAAUGGUUUAUGACAACCCCAUUUGCCAGUUGACCUCCUGAGGAACACAGCCCUCAUAGUAUGUAGCCUGACUAAAUCCCACUAUUAUAUACCUAACACCCCUCCCACUGGACAGGCCCCUAAACACAUAUAAACUUAUCAGUUAAUGGUUAACAUUUCUAUUAUAAAGUCAGGAGAAUUAGGCACAUCAUAAUCCUGUUGUUUGUUACAUACAUUUUAGUACCAGUAUAUGCAUGGAUGAUGUGAGACUUAGUAACCAUGGUGUUGGAGAAUGCUGCAACCAGUUUCCAUAGUGACAGAAAAUCCUGAAAUCCAAUCGGACUAGUUUCCAUGAUGACAAGGAACCCUGUGCUCCUAUUAUUAUUUGUCUCACAUUUUUUUAAAAUAAUCUGUCUCCAGGCUCAGAUUUGAAUGGCCAGAAACUUUUCUCCGGGGGAGGGUGGGGGUUCUGUAGAAUCCUGGACAGGGAGUGUUACCCAGACUUACAAAGUUGUGCUACACACACAGACUAACAAAGUAUGUAUGGGGGAAAAUGAUUUAUUACAGAAUGGCUAUAAGGCCAUGUUAUCUGAAUGAUAAUAUGGUCCUCCGUACCACCACCUUUGAAGUGAGAAAACAACAAAGUAAAAAAUAUAACAUUACAGCUUGCUCAAUGCAAAUACCGGUAGAUCCCAAUCAAAGGUAGAAAGACAAGUUUUAAAUUGUGUAAUAGACUUAAUGCUGCCUGAAAAUAAAUGUGAAAGAAAAGUAUGAAACAAUAUUUAUGAUCCUUACGUUGGGACCAAUGUUCCAUUAUCUUAUUAGAGUUACAACACAGCAUCAUUGAAAAAAACAAAAUCUGUGUUUUUGAUUUUAGUCAAAAUGGUACAUGGUAAGUUUAACCAAAUGUCUGAUAAAGCCAUUAAAAAGUCAUAUAUAUAAACA